AGUGUGGCAGGCGGGGGUGGGGUUUCGCCUGCCCGCUCCUCGCCCGGGAGCCGCCGUCGGCGGGGUGAUGUAGCCUGUGUGGGAGGGAAUACCCCCGGCUCCAGCAUGAAGGCUCCUGUAAAAGAUGUGUGAGCAGGCAGCGCGCUACUGCCGGGAGAGCGUCCACAAGCUCCUCCGCAAACAGCAGCCGCAGAUCGGGGGGCUGGACGGGUUGCUCCGCUGGAUAGUCACCAAGAUGAGCGACAAGAGCAUCCUGCCCGACCGGGAGCUCCUGCAGGAAGGCCAGGCGGCCGCCGGGCAGGACGGCUGCUUCCCCGAGCAGCGGAAAGGCGCUUCCGUGAUCCUGGAUAUCUUCAGACGAGCUGACAAAAAUGAUGAUGGGAAAUUGUCCUUGGAGGAAUUCCAGGCCUUCUUCUCCGAUGGAACUCUUAAUGAGGAAGAACUUGAAAAGCUUUUCCAUACCAUUGAUUCAGACAACACCAACAACGUGGAUACGAAGGAACUAUGUGAUUAUUUUACCGACCACAUGGGAGAUUAUGAAGAUGUUUUGGCUUCCCUGGAGACCCUCAACCUCUCCAUUCUAAAGGCCAUGGAUUACACCAAACGGGUGUAUGAAAGAGGAACCAAUGUGGACCAGUUUGUGACCCGUUUCCUGCUGAAGGAGACAGCCAAUCAGAUUCAGUCCUUGCUCAGCUCGGUGGAAAGUGCCGUUGAUGCUAUUGAUGAGCAAACCAGUCAGAUAAGACAGUUCCACAGUAAAUCUGGCCAUGGUGUCAUGGACACCUGGUAUGACAACCCUGUGCCUAAUUAUCCCCCCAACAACAGAAUUGUAACCAAAGAACGCAGGAAAAGCUUCCAGACUGCCUCUUCAGACACCAAGGAGGAAGGCUUGGAAGCUCAGAUCAACAGGUUAGCAGAGUUGAUUGGGAGGCUGGAAAACAAGACUCUCUGGUUUGACCUGCAUCAGCGACUGUCAGAUAGUGAAAACACAGCUUGCACAUAUCUUCUUUUGGUACGAACUGAGAUGACAGCUUCCCAGAAGCAUCUGGGGGAGUUCUGUGGCUCCCUUAAGCAGUACUUGAAGACUGUGGCAGGAGAACGGGACUGCUUUCAUGUAACUGCAGUCAGGCUUCCUGAUGGGGUCACUUUCAUCGUCUACGAGUUCUGGGAGACAGAGGAUGACUGGAAGAGGCACCUCCAGAGUCCUGCUUGCAAAAGCUUCCAGCAUGUGAAAGUGGAUACGCUCACCCAACCGGAAGCAGUGUCCAGUGUGUCAGUGCCAGCUGCUUGGUGCACCCUCAACCAAGACUGAUCAGGGGAGGCUGGCAUUGUUCCCUCUUCACCAGGCACUCUUGGAAGUUUCCGCUGUUUUGCAGAGAACAAAACUCCUGUCUUUUCUAAUGACUUUGUUAACAGGUGUUGUCUUUCUCUCCCCCCCCCCACGCCAUCCCAAAAAACGUUUCUACCUGGAACUGUUGUUUACUUGCUUGCUAUCUGAAGUGAAGGAAAAACAAAACAAACCAAAAGCCUAACUUCUGACCCUGCCAGGCACACAUUUCCCCUUCUGAGCUCAAAGCUCUCUGCCAUUUGUUGCAGCCGCCACCACU